GGGCCGCGAUUAGGUAGCACGGCUUGUCCCACAGACGCGCCCGUCGGCGAAGGGCAAAGUAGUUCCCGGGAGUGUCGUAGCUGGCGGGGAGGGAGGUGGCGCGGGCGGAGGCGCACGCCGGCCGGUGCUGCGGCUCAGCUGAUAAUUGAAGGGACCGAGGAGCUGCUGCCGCCGCCGCCGGGGGGGGUGGGGGGAGCGAGUGGAAGUUACUGUCGCGCCACCGAGUCCGCACCGGAGACUUUGGGGUCUAACUAGUGAAUGGUAGUGUCUAGAAAGGGUAUGUCCCUUCAGGAGAGAGGUGCCAAUGUCCAACCGGCCUAGUAACAAUCCAGGGGGGUCACUGCGACGUUCACAGAGGAACUCUGCCGGGGCCCAACCACAGGACGACUCGACAGGAGGAAGGUCACAUUUAGGGCAGGCAAAACAUAAGGGAUAUAGCCCUCCUGAGAGUAGAAAAUCUAAUUCUAAGGCACCCAAAGUGCAGUCUAAUACUACUUCUGAACUGUCAAGGGGACACCUUUCUAAAAGAAGCUGCAGUUCAUCAUCUGCUGUCAUAGUUCCACAACCAGAGGAUCCAGACAGAGCCAAUACUUCAGAAAGGCAAAAAACGGGGCAGGUGCCUAAGAAGGACAGUUCUCGAGGAGUGAAACGCAGUGCUAGUCCAGACUACAACAGGACCAAUUCUCCUAGCUCUGCAAAAAAACCCAAAGCACUUCAGCAUACUGAAUCUCCCUCAGAAACGAAUAAGCCACAUAGUAAGUCAAAGAAGAGACAUUUAGACCAGGAGCAACAACUGAAAUCUGCACAGUCGCCGUCAACAAGCAAGGCUCAUACCCGAAAGAGUGGGGCCACUGGUAGUUCACGGAGUCAGAAAAGAAAGAGGACAGAGAGUUCUUGUAUAAAGAGUGGUUCUGUGUCUGAAUCAACUGGUGCCGAAGAGAGGUCUGCAAAACCUACCAAGCUGGCUUCAAAAUCAGCCGCCUCAGCCAAAGCUGGGUGUAGCACCAUCACUGAUUCUUCUUCUGCUGCGUCUACUUCCUCCUCGUCUUCUGCUGUAGCCUCGGCCUCCUCCACUGUACCACCAGGUGCCAGGGUAAAACAAGGAAAAGACCAGAACAAAGCCAGGCGUUCCCGUUCAGCAUCCAGUCCCAGUCCCAGAAGAAGUAGCAGGGAAAAGGAACAGAGUAAAACUGGUGGCUCUUCAAAAUUUGAUUGGGCUGCUCGUUUCAGCCCUAAAGUUAGCCUUCCUAAAACAAAACUGUCUCUUCCAGGGUCUUCUAAGUCAGAGACAUCAAAACCUGGACCUUCUGGAUUACAGGCCAAAUUAGCAAGCUUAAGAAAAUCUACCAAGAAGCGCAGUGAGUCCCCACCUGCUGAGCUCCCCAGUUUGAGGCGGAGCACACGCCAAAAGACCACGGGCUCCUGUGCUAGUACCAGUCGGCGAGGCUCUGGCCUGGGCAAAAGAGGAGCAGCUGAAGCUCGUCGGCAGGAGAAAAUGGCAGACCCUGAGAGCAACCAGGAGACGGUCAAUUCUUCAGCUGCUCGGACAGACGAGACGCCCCAAGGAGCUGCAGCCUCUAGUUCUGUCGCAGGGGCCGUCAGCAUGACCACCUCUGGGGAGAGUGAAUCAGAUGAUUCUGAGAUGGGACGAUUACAAGCUCUGUUAGAGGCCAGGGGUCUUCCCCCUCACCUGUUUGGUCCUCUUGGUCCUCGGAUGUCACAACUUUUCCACAGAACAAUUGGAAGCGGAGCUAGUUCUAAGGCCCAGCAGCUUCUGCAAGGACUGCAAGCCACGGAUGAAAGUCAGCAACUUCAGGCAGUUAUUGAAAUGUGUCAGUUAUUGGUCAUGGGGAAUGAGGAGACACUGGGAGGGUUUCCUGUCAAGAGUGUUGUUCCAGCUUUGAUAACAUUACUGCAGAUGGAGCAUAAUUUUGAUAUUAUGAACCAUGCUUGUCGAGCCUUAACUUACAUGAUGGAAGCACUUCCUAGAUCGUCUGCAGUCGUAGUGGAUGCUAUUCCUGUCUUUUUAGAAAAGCUGCAGGUUAUUCAGUGUAUUGAUGUGGCAGAGCAGGCCUUGACUGCCUUGGAGAUGUUGUCACGUAGACACAGUAAAGCCAUUCUACAGGCGGGUGGUUUGGCAGACUGCUUGCUGUAUCUAGAGUUCUUCAGCAUAAAUGCCCAAAGAAAUGCACUAGCCAUUGCAGCCAACUGCUGCCAGAGCAUCACGCCAGACGAAUUUCACUUUGUGGCAGAUUCCCUCCCAUUGCUUACCCAAAGGUUAACCCAUCAGGACAAAAAAUCAGUAGAAAGCACUUGCCUUUGUUUUGCACGUCUAGUGGACAACUUCCAACAUGAGGAGGUGAGCAUUUCCUCUUUGUUGAUAUUUCAUGAAGUUGUUAAAUUGCUGAAUCACAAUGUAACAAUUUCUGUUUUUCUUAUUUUCUUGAAGAAUUUGCUCCAGCAGGUUGCCUCCAAAGAUCUGCUUACAAAUGUUCAACAACUAUUGGUAGUGACUCCACCAAUUUUAAGUUCUGGGAUGUUUAUAAUGGUGGUUCGCAUGUUUUCUCUGAUGUGUUCCAACUGUCCAACUCUAGCCGUUCAACUUAUGAAGCAAAGUUUUACAGACAUUGCAGAAACACUUCACUUCCUCCUGUGUGGUGCCUCCAAUGGAAGUUGUCAGGAACAGAUUGAUCUUGUUCCCCGGAGUCCUCAAGAACUGUAUGAACUGACAUCUCUGAUUUGCGAACUUAUGCCAUGUUUGCCAAAGGAAGGCAUUUUUGCAGUUGAUACCAUGCUGAAGAAGGGAAAUGCACAGAACACAGAUGGUGCGAUAUGGCAGUGGCGCGAUGACCGGGGCCUCUGGCAUCCCUAUAACAGGAUUGAUAGCCGGAUAAUUGAGGUAGCAGCCCAUCAGGUCGGUGAGGAUGAGAUAAGCUUGUCCACUCUGGGACGAGUUUAUACUAUUGAUUUUAAUUCUAUGCAGCAAAUCAAUGAGGACACGGGAACAGCACGUGCCAUUCAGAGAAAACCUAACCCCUUAGCCAAUACUAACACUAGUGGAUAUUCAGAGUUAAAGAAGGAUGAUGCUCGAGCACAGCUUAUGAAAGAGGAUCCGGAACUGGCUAAGUCUUUUAUUAAGACCUUAUUUGGUGUUCUUUAUGAAGUGUAUAGUUCCUCAGCAGGACCUGCGGUCAGACAUAAGUGCCUUAGAGCAAUUCUUAGGAUAAUUUAUUUUGCGGAUGCUGAACUUCUGAAGGAUGUCCUGAAAAAUCAUGCUGUUUCAAGUCACAUUGCUUCCAUGCUAUCAAGCCAAGACCUGAAGAUUGUAGUUGGAGCACUUCAGAUGGCAGAAAUCUUAAUGCAGAAGUUACCUGAUAUUUUUAGUGUUUACUUCAGAAGAGAAGGUGUGAUGCAUCAAGUGAAACACCUAGCCGAGUCCGAGUCUCUGUUGACGAGCCCACCAAAGGCUUGUACAAACGGCUCCGGGACCCUGGGGUCCACAACGUCAGUCAGCAGCGGAACAGCCACGGCUGCCACUAAUGCGGCAGCUGACUUGGGGUCCCCCAGCUUGCAGCACAGCCGAGACGAUUCUUUAGAUCUGAGCCCUCAAGGUCGAUUAAGUGAUGUCCUGAAGAGAAAACGGCUGCCAAAACGAGGGCCAAGAAGGCCAAAGUAUUCACCUCCCAGAGAUGACGACAAAGUAGACAAUCAAGCUAAAAGCCCCACCACUACUCAGUCACCUAAAUCUUCUUUCCUGGCAAGCUUGAAUCCAAAAACUUGGGGAAGGUUAAGCGCACAGUCCAACAGCAACAACAUUGAACCAGCACGCACUGCAGGCGUUAGUGGUCUUGCCAGGGCUGCCUCAAAGGACACCAUUUCCAAUAAUAGAGAAAAAAUUAAAGGCUGGAUUAAGGAGCAGGCACAUAAAUUUGUAGAGCGUUAUUUCAGUUCUGAGAAUAUGGAUGGGAGCAAUCCUGCGCUGAACGUCCUGCAGAGACUUUGUGCUGCAACUGAACAACUCAACCUCCAGGUGGAUGGUGGAGCUGAGUGCCUUGUAGAAAUCCGUAGCAUAGUCUCAGAGUCAGAUGUCUCAUCAUUUGAAAUCCAACAUAGUGGAUUUGUGAAGCAGCUGUUGCUUUAUUUGACAUCUAAAAGUGAAAAGGAUGCUGUGAGCAGAGAGAUCAGAUUAAAGAGAUUCCUUCAUGUAUUUUUUGCUUCUCCACUUCCUGGAGAAGAGCCCAUUGGAAGAGUAGAGCCGAUGGGGAAUGCACCUUUGUUGGCAUUGGUUCACAAGAUGAACAACUGCCUCAGCCAGAUGGAACAGUUUCCAGUCAAAGUUCAUGAUUUCCCCAGUGGAAAUGGGACAGGAGGCAGCUUUUCUCUCAACAGAGGAUCGCAAGCUUUAAAAUUUUUCAACACACAUCAGUUAAAAUGCCAACUACAAAGACACCCAGACUGUGCAAAUGUGAAGCAGUGGAAGGGUGGGCCUGUCAAGAUUGACCCUCUGGCUUUGGUACAAGCUAUCGAGAGAUAUCUUGUCGUUAGAGGCUAUGGCAGAGUAAGAGAAGAUGAUGAAGACAGCGAUGAUGAUGGAUCAGAUGAGGAAAUAGACGAGUCUCUGGCUGCUCAGUUCUUGAAUUCAGGAAACGUAAGACACAGGCUACAGUUCUACAUCGGAGAACAUUUGCUCCCGUAUAACAUGACUGUGUAUCAGGCAGUCCGGCAGUUCAGCAUACAGGCUGAAGAUGAGAGAGAGUCCACGGAUGAUGAAAGCAAUCCCCUGGGAAGAGCUGGGAUUUGGACGAAGACACAUACGAUAUGGUACAAACCUGUGAGAGAGGAUGAAGAAAGUAAUAAAGAUUGUGUUGGUGGUAAAAGAGGAAGGGCCCAAACAGCUCCAACAAAAACGUCCCCUAGAAAUGCAAAAAAGCACGAUGAGCUCUGGCACGAUGGAGUGUGCCCGUCAGUAUCAAAUCCUUUAGAAGUGUACCUCAUACCCACAGCACCUGAAAAUAUAACCUUUGAAGACCCGUCUUUAGAUGUGAUCCUCCUUUUACGAGUUUUACACGCUGUCAGUCGAUACUGGUAUUACUUGUAUGACAAUGCAAUGUGCAAGGAGAUUAUUCCAACUAGUGAAUUUAUUAACAGUAAAUUGACAGCAAAGGCAAACAGGCAGCUUCAAGAUCCUUUAGUAAUCAUGACAGGAAACAUCCCAACGUGGCUUACUGAGCUCGGGAAAACCUGCCCGUUUUUCUUUCCUUUUGACACCCGGCAAAUGCUUUUUUACGUAACUGCAUUUGAUCGGGACCGAGCAAUGCAAAGAUUACUUGAUACCAACCCAGAAAUCAACCAGUCCGAUUCUCAAGAUAGCAGAGUUGCACCUAGAUUGGAUAGGAAAAAACGUACUGUGAACAGAGAGGAGCUACUGAAGCAAGCCGAGUCUGUGAUGCAGGAUCUUGGCAGCUCACGGGCCAUGUUAGAAAUCCAGUAUGAAAAUGAGGUUGGCACAGGUCUUGGGCCUACACUGGAAUUUUAUGCACUUGUAUCUCAGGAACUACAGAGAGCUGACUUGGGUCUCUGGAGAGGUGAAGAAGUAACUCUUAGCAAUCCAAAAGGAAGCCAAGAAGGGACCAAGUAUAUUCAAAACCUCCAGGGCCUGUUUGCACUUCCCUUUGGUAGGACAGCUAAGCCCGCUCAUAUCGCAAAGGUUAAGAUGAAGUUUCGCUUCUUAGGAAAACUAAUGGCCAAGGCUAUCAUGGAUUUCAGAUUGGUGGACCUGCCCCUUGGCUUACCCUUCUAUAAGUGGAUGCUGCGGCAAGAAACUUCACUGACAUCGCACGAUUUGUUUGACGUGGACCCGGUUGUAGCCAGAUCAGUGUACCACCUCGAGGACAUUGUCAGACAGAAGAAAAGACUUGAACAAGAUACAUCCCAGACCAAAGAGAGUCUACAAUAUUCAUUAGAAACCCUGACUAUGAAUGGUUGCUCAGUGGAAGACCUAGGAUUGGAUUUCACUCUGCCAGGGUUUCCCAACAUCGAGCUGAAGAAAGGAGGAAAGGACAUACCAGUGACUAUCCACAAUUUAGAGGAGUAUCUAAGACUGGUUAUAUUUUGGGCACUAAAUGAAGGCGUCUCCAGGCAGUUUGAUUCAUUCAGAGAUGGAUUUGAAUCUGUCUUCCCACUCAGUCAUCUUCAGUACUUCUACCCAGAGGAACUGGAUCAGCUCCUGUGUGGCAGUAAAGCAGACACUUGGGAUGCAAAGACGUUGAUGGAAUGCUGCCGGCCAGAUCACGGUUAUACUCAUGAUAGUCGGGCUGUGAAGUUCUUGUUUGAGAUUCUCAGUAGUUUUGAUAAUGAGCAGCAGAGGUUAUUUCUCCAGUUUGUGACGGGUAGCCCGAGAUUGCCUGUUGGAGGCUUCCGGAGUUUGAAUCCACCUUUGACAAUUGUCCGGAAGACAUUUGAGUCAACAGAAAACCCAGAUGACUUCCUGCCCUCCGUAAUGACUUGUGUGAACUAUCUUAAGUUGCCGGACUAUUCAAGCAUUGAGAUCAUGAGAGAAAAACUGUUGAUAGCAGCAAGAGAAGGGCAGCAGUCGUUCCAUCUUUCCUGAUCACAACAAACUCAGUGUCUGCCUGUUACAGCAAAAGAAAAAAUCAUGAUUUCUUUUCUAAAUGUAUCACCUGAGUCAAGGAAACACGUUACGGCUUGCAGAUUACAAAAGAGACACUUGGUUGAGAUCCAUUAAUGGCCCCAAGGACUUAAAGUGAUCAGGCCCUAAAAAGUUGUUGUAAUGAGGUUUCUUUAGCAAGUUCUUGUUUAAAUUAUCAUUUAUUUGAUGAGUGAAGUUUUUAACUUGCUUUGCUGUGUGAAAUUUAAAAAAGGGAUGUUUUUCCAGGCUGGAACAAUAAAUGUCGCUGUGCAGUUUAAUCCUGGGCUGUGUGUAUCCAUCUAGCUAAGUCCGCAGUUUUGUUUCCUCCAAAGACAACUCUUGUACAUAAGUACAGAAAUUAAAGCUUACAUGUAUUUGACCAGUAGAGUUGAAUAGACUAGCUCUAUGUACUUCUCACUUCCCUCUGAUUUUCUCUCCCUGAUGCGUGUAUUGUCUGUGCAGUUCACACGGUUCUUUUUAUGUACAACACUCACAGUUGUUACAUCUUACACUAGCCAGGGCUUUUCUUGUCCCAUGCUCCCUCAGAUUAAGAUAUAAUUUAAAAUUCAUUGGAAUCGAAAUAUAUUGUCAAUAUAGUUCAGCCUUUGUAACUAGAUAGAUUUUUCUUAUAGCUUGGUUUUAACGUAGUGUAGGGCGUUCCUGGCCUUUUACCAGGCGUCCCUCUAGGUCUGUUUACACGGUGAUUCCUGCAGGAGCAGCCUCUGGAAUGGAGAAAGGAAGGCUCAUUUCUUUGGUGUAGGUUAAAAAUAUCUAUAGCUUGGACUGGCCGCGAUUUAUUAUUCUAUGGCCAGAGCAUUUUGAAUUGAGGUAAAGUUUUAAGCAAAAUUAGCCGUUUUCAUUCCCUGUUGGAGUAAAAAGAAAUUUUUUCUCCUUUGUCCUUGUUUUUUGUUCAUCGUUUUCUUUCUUUAUUCCACUCUCCUCUUCCCCUCCUCCCAGUGCUAGCUUGGGACAAACCGCUCAGCCUUUGUCUCAACACAGAUAGAAGCAUCUGUAUGCAACGCUCUGUCCACAUGUUUUAUGUGCUGAUUUCUCAAAUCUGCAAUAAUCUAUCAGGUUCAUGUUUUUACCUGACAAUAAAUAAAGUUUGCUUCACCUUUCUGUUUAUAGUUCUGUGCCGUAUGCAUACUUACCGAUUGUAUAGUCGUAUCUCAAUGCAAGUCAAUCGUCCAAAUCUCCAUGACACCCCAGUCAUGGCUCAUAUCGCUAUUCGAACAAGAAUUCAUAGUAGCAACUUGAAGAAAAGAAAAUGUGGAGAGAGACUGGGAGGAGACUCCUUCCUUAGGUUCAAAAUUAAGUCUGUUGCAUCAAUUUGAGAGAAUGUUCCGUAAUUCAUCUCUUUGAGAAUGAGAGAUGAGCUAAUUGUUUCCUUUAUUGAACUUUGAGAAAUCAAUAUUCUUUUGUUUGACUGACUGUUUAGAAGUCUUAUUUAAUUGAUGUGGAAAUCCCCUUGUUCCCUGUCCCACCACCCAAAAGAAACCUGAUGGCUUGUUUUAGUUUGAUUUCCUUUGUCGUUUUACACUUAAAUGGCCUUAUAUGGAAACAUCCCCUCUUUGCCGUUAACUGGGGCAGUAAACCCCACUAAGUGUGAUGGAGUGGAGACGGCAGUCCCUGAGGAGCGGGCUCCUCAUCUUUGCAGAGGUGCUGACGAUUGAGCAGCUUUACCCUGAAACCGAAGAAGGGCGUUGCAUCUCUGCAGUUCUAACAUCGACAGCAUAGAAUCUGAGCAGUUUAAUCCAGCGAAAUUAGUGUUAAAAUAGGAACCAAUCUGUUUUAAACUGUCCUGACACCUUUUUACAAACUUAAGCACAAGGAUUUUUGUGUGAACAUAGCAUUUUGUUCCUCAUUUUUUAAAGGGUUCUAUUUUUUAAAUUUUCACAUGUAUUAUAAACAAAGUAAUGUUUCGUAUUAAAAUAUCCGUAUUUGAUAUUUUACCUAUGUUGUGGCCCCGACAGGUUUGGGCCCAUUGAUUUCAACAUCAGAUGGGUACGUAGGAUGGUUUGGAAUGAAAUUCUGAAGCUUGAGUGUUUCAGAGUCAGUAGUUACCUGUUUAAAAGCUUUGUCUUUAGUAAUUGGCUUACCCCUUGCAUAGAAAGUGGGACCUUUGUUUAAUUUGGGGCAGGAAGACACUUUCUUCCUGUUUAAAAGCAAUUUCUCGUGGCAGAGGCCUUAAUAUUACAUCAUAGGGAAAAAGCAUACACUUUGUUUGCCGUUACUCCAGUUAUGCCUUAAGUUUAUUUGCUUGGUAAUCUUAUCCACAAGCACUAAUUUCUACAUAUGCUUCAAAACUUAGCUAGGUAGUGACUGAGACUUUAUUGACCUGUUUUUGCUGAGAUGGAGUCAGAUCACAUCAUAGACACGGCUACACUGAGUUUGUGGUGUUGUCAUUUACAUAGUUAUUGAUUUGAUCAGAAGGAAGGAAGAGCUAGUUAAAUCCAUAGUCUUUAUUUAACCCAAUGUUGAAACAAAAAAGCCCCCCCAAAAGUGAAUUGUAAGUUCUGGGUAGUCUCAUUGGGAGUAGACAUGGAGAAAAUGCUAGAUGUCUUUUCCAAAUCCAGCAGCAGCCUUUCACACAGCUCAUUGUAAGGAAUACAAGUUUUCUUCCGGUGCUUCAGCUCCAUGUUCCAGGGAUAGAGAACUUUCUUCUUCACGGUAGCAGUCUGAAGAAGGUAAUAUCCGAAAGUCCCUCCUUCCUGCAUUUGGCUCCUUAUGAAAAGAGGUGACCCCUCACUUGCUUUUUUGGAGUUACUUCCCUAGGCAUCCUGUGCAUAAAGGCCGUAAGGUCGAGGGACAGCACCAACCUCUGCAUCUAAGAAAUUAAAUUAGACCCACAGAAAGGAUUAUCGCCAGCAUGUUGUGAGUUUGUCACCUUCCCUCUAGUCCACCAGGUGUUGAGCCUAUGCUCCCAAUUCCCCAUCAGUGAAUAUGAGCUCAGGAAGUGGGAAAGCCACUGAUAUUCCAAGGGGGAAAAAAAAAAGCAAAGGAGACUUCCUGGGGAAAAGAGUUCAAGAAAGUACAUUCAAAAACCAGAUCCUUUUGGGGGGAUUCUGGAUGCUGUUGUUCAUUCUCCAUAAAGCAAAGAUGAUAAAGCCUUCCACUCAUUUAUUUUGGGCUUUGUUUUUCUGACCCACUUUGUUUUCCCUGCUGUAAUAAGACCGUUGUUUGGAAAUGUCCAACUCUGUAUUUCUAAUUCUCUGAGAAAUGCUUUUGUACGAGUCUUGGGUUUGACGUUGCCACAGUUCGCAUACACGGUAAAGGACAACCUAGCGACAAAUCACUGCAAAUGCUUCCUUUGUUACCUCAAAAAGUAAUUCCAGACGAAACACAGCGUUAUAGGAAACAGGAUUGGCUGUUUUCCAAGAACUUCAAGUUGAUAAUUCUUAUGCAAGAAAAAGGUCUUAACUCUAAAGACUUGUUCUGCAUAAAGAAGACACUCUUUAAUAAUGGAAGAGGUGGUUUUAUUUUUACAACAAGCCUACUCGUAUUACCAAACCUAUAACCAAUUGCUUGAUCUGUGUAAAGCAUUUUUUUCUCUUAUCUGAAACAGUGAUUUAUAUGAACUGUUGGAAUAAUGGAACCUCAAACUACAGAUGUGUAUGUAAAAUUGCAUAAAUGCACUGACUCCCUUCUCCCUGAAUAUAUUUUUAAUAAACAGCAUUAUCCUACAUGAUCAGUUUUAUUAAAUUAUGCACAACUAGAAGGUUCUUCUGAGAAGUGGUAUGUGCUCGCCUGGGUGGCUUUUGGAAAGCUUCCUAUUUUGUUUGGUAAGUAAACACAGUGAUCUUAGCUUUUUUUUUGGAGGCAAGUGGUAGAGGACUUUAUUAAAAAAAAGCCUGUUGCCGUUGAGUCGGUUCCG